AUGGCAAAGCCUCAGAGCAAGGAUUCGGGACUGAAGGAGAGGUUCAGGAACCUCCUGGGACUGGGAACAUCUCGAGGAAGCUCAAAGUCAUCAGAGGGCAAGCAAACAGAGUUCAUCAUCACUGCAGAAAUACUCAAGGAACUGAGCAUAGAAUGUGGAUUAAGUAACAGGAUCCGAGCCAUCAGCCAGAUUUGUGAAGUGGCCAAAACAAAAAAGAUUGAAGAGCACGCGGUGGAAGCGAUAUGGAGAGUGGUGGCCGACAUGCUGCAGCCAGAGCGCCCUGCCGAGGCGCGGCACGCCGUCCUGCACCUGCUCCGGGCCAUCGUUCAGGGACAGGGUGAGAGGUUAGGGAUCCUCAGAGCACACUUUUUUAAGGUCAUUAAGGACUACCCCUCCAAUGAAGACCUGCAUGAGCGACUGGAGGUGUUCAAGGCUCUGACAGAGAACGGACGCUACAUCACCUACCUGGAAGAAGAGUUGGCUGACUUUGUGUGGCAGUGGAUGGAUGUUGGUUUGUCUUCUGAGUUCCUCCUGGUCUUAGUGAACCUGGUGAAAUUCAAUAGCUGCUAUCUGGAAGACUAUGUAGCUGACAUGGUCCACAAGAUCUGUCUUUUGUGCAUUCAGACUUCAUCGUCUAUGGACAUAGAGAUUUCCUUGCAGGUCCUGGAUGCAGUUGUUUGCUAUAACUGCCUACCCUCAGAGAACCUGCCAGUGUUCAUCAUCACCUUGUGCCGGACCAUCAACGUGAAGGAGCUUUGUGAGCCCUGCUGGAAGCUGAUGCGUAACCUGUUGGGAACUCACCUGGGGCACAGUGCCAUCUACAACAUGUGCAGGAUAAUGGAGGACAGAGCUUACAUGGCAGAUGCAGCACUGCUGAGAGGAGCUGUGUUUUUUGUUGGGAUGGCUCUGUGGGGUGCUCAUCGCCUCAGUUCCCUGAAGAAUUCCCCAACUUCAGUGCUGCCUUCAUUCCUCAAGGCCAUGACCUGUCCCAACGCGGUGGUGUCCUACGAGAUCGUUCUGUCCAUCACACGUCUGAUAAAGAAGUAUGGGAAGGAGCUGCAAGCUGUCACCUGGGACAUCCUGCUGGACAUCAUGGAGCGCUUGCUGCAGCAGCUGCAGAGUCUGGAGAGCCAAGAGCUGAAGUCCAUUGUACAUGAUCUUUUGACUACAGUUGAAGAACUCUGUGACCAAAACGAAUUCCAUGGCUCUGAGGAGAGAUUUUUUGAGCUGGUGGAAAGAUGUGCUGAUCAGAGACCAGAAUCUUCUGUGUUAAACUUGAUAACCUACAGAGCUCAGUCCAUUCAUCCUGCCAGAGAUGGUUGGAUCCACAACCUGCAGAUGUUAAUGGAGAGGUUCUUCAGGAACGAGAGCCGCAGUGCUGUUCGCAUUAAGGUCCUGGAUGUGCUGUCCUUUGUGCUGAGCAUUAACAGGCAGUUCUAUGAGGAGGAACUGAUAAAUGUGGUGAUCUCCCAGCUGGCUCACAUCCCAGAGGACAAGGACCACCAGGUCCGGAAGCUGGCGACACAGCUGCUGGUAGACCUGGCUGAGGGCUGCAACACUCAUCACUUCAACAGCCUGCUGGACAUCAUAGAGAAGGUGGCUGCACAUUCUCUCUCAUCUCCUUCUGAGCUGGAGGAAAGGGACUUGCUGUCAUAUUCAGCUUCUUUGGAGGAUGUCAAGACAGCAGUUCUUGGACUCCUGAUCAUUCUUCAGACCAAGCUCUACAGCCUCCCCUCCAGCCAUGCCAUGAGGGUGUAUGAGAUGCUGAUCCACCACGUCCAGCGCCACUACAUCUAUGCCUACAGCCUGGCUAUUGCCAGCAGCAUCAGAUUGCAGGUUUUUGAUUUCCUGCUGAUGCUUCGAGCUGACUCCCUUCACCGUCUCGGCCUUUCCAACAAGGAUGGAGCAGUGAGGUUCAGUCCCUAUUGCCUGUGUGAUUUUGUAGAAACAGAGAAGAGGAGUUCUGAGAAAAAGCCUGCUGGCACACUCUCCCCACCUUCAGGGAGCCCCAGCAUGCCCUCCCAGAGUGCCACCGUCCGUGUGGGUCAUCUGCCAUACUCCAUGGUCUUUGGUGUUCUCCUGCAGUGUUUGAAGCAAGAGACAGACUGGAAGGUGUUGAAGUUGGUCCUCAACAAAUUACCUGAAUCCCUCCGGUACAAAGUACUGUUUUUAACUUCUCCAUGCAACAUAGACCUCCUGGCCUCUGCACUGAGCUACAUGCUCACAGACAAGAAGACCACAGACAAGCUCCAUGGAACCCCAGAAGGUUUUUCUCGCACCGAUCUGCACCUGGCUGUGGUGCCGGUGCUGACAGCACUGAUAUCCUACCAUAACUAUCUGGACAAAGCUAAACAGCGCGAGCUCGUGUACUGCCUGGAGCAUGGCCUGAUCUACCGCUGCGCCAACCAGUGCGUGCUGGCACUCUCUGUCUGCAGCGUGGAGAUGCCAGACAUCAUCAUCAAGGCCCUUCCUGUCCUCAUUGUCAAACUAACCCACAUUUCUGCUACAGCCAACAUGGCAAUCCCCCUCCUAGAGUUCCUGUCAACCCUGGCACGGCUGCCUCACCUCUACCGGAACUUCGCGGCAGAGCAGUACGCCAGCGUCUUCGCCAUCUCCCUGCCCUACACAAACCCUUCCAAGUUUAACCAGUACAUUGUCUGCCUGGCCCACCACGUCAUAGCCAUGUGGUUCAUUCGCUGUCGCCUCCCCUUCCGGAAGGACUUUGUGCCCUACAUUACCAAGGGUUUGCGCUCCAAUGUCCUCCUGUCCUUUGAUGACACCCCUGAGAAGGACAGCUUCAGGGCUCGAAGCACAAGCCUGAAUGAGAGGCCAAAAAGUUUAAGACUAGGCAAAAAUGCAAAGCAAGGCUUGAAUAACUCUCCUCCAGUGAAAGAGCUGAAAGAACCCUCUGCAGUUGAUGCCUUCCGAUCCCGCAGCAUCAGUGUGUCUGAACAUGUGGUCCGCAGCCGGAUCCAAACGUCCAUCACCAGUUCCAGCCUGGGCUCUGCAGAUGAAAAUUCAAUGGCUCAGGCUGAUGACAACUUAAAAACCCUCCACCUGGAGCUGACUGAGACCUGCCUGGACAUGAUGGCUCGCUACGUCUUCUCCAACUUCACUGCAGUGCCCAAGAGGUCUCCUGUGGGUGAGUUUCUGCUGGCUGGAGGAAGGACAAAGACCUGGCUGGUUGGUAACAAGCUGGUGACCAUCACUACGAGUGUUGGAACAGGCACAAGGUCCCUGCUUGGCCUAGACUCUGUAGAGCUCCAAAACAGCACAGAAUCAAGCUCAGAGCCUGUUUUGCAAGUGAGACAAACCAAAGAGGCUCCAGCAAAACUGGAAUCUCAAGCUGGGCAGCAGGUCUGCAGAGGCUCUCGAAACAGAGUCCGAUCCAUGUCUGGUGGUCAUGCCUUACGUGUGGGUGCCUUAGACAGCUCAGCCUCCCAUUUUCCUGGUGGCUCAGCUUCCCAAGGGACACAGGCUCCUCCUGCUUCUGCAUGUCGAUCAGAGAAGACUGUUGCUGCUCCACAGACACCUCUGCAGAAGGAAAAAGCAAACUUAGCUGCCUAUGUGCCACUGCUGACACAGGGGUGGGCAGAGAUCCUCGUGCGCAGACCCACAGGUAACACCAGCUGGCUGAUGAGUCUGGAGAACCCACUCAGCCCAUUCUCUUCAGAUAUUAACAACAUGCCCCUGCAGGAGCUCUCCAAUGCUCUAAUGGCUGCAGAAAGGUUUAAGGAACACCGAGAAACAGCUCUCUAUAAAUCCCUCUCUGUCCCCUCCUCCAGCCUGGCCACUGGGACAGCCAAGCCAUCACUUCUGCAGCGUUCCAACACAGAGUCCGCGGUGGUGCUGGAGGAGGGCAGCCCCUUGGAGAUGGAGCUGAAGGAGGCUGAGUCCCCAGAUGAGUCUCCAGAGAGUGAAGACAUUGACACUUCAUGUUCUGAACAAGUCCCGAGUGAGGAAAGGUUUGGUAAACCCCACGAGUCUUACAGCAGGUCCUCCUCAACCUCCAGCCAAGAUGAAAAAUCUCUGAAGUCUGAAGAGCUGGUGGAGGGUGGCAUUCCCAUCGGGAGAGUGCUGCCAUCGGAGGAGGGACGCAGGCUGGAGGAGCUUUCCUUCCAGCCAGCCCAGCCCCUCAGCAAGUCCAGCUCCUCCCCCGAGCUGCAGACACUGCAGGAGGUUCUCAGAGAUGCCAACGGCAGAGAAGUAACAAGGAGGCUGAGCACAGAAGUGAAGUCCAAGUCCCAGUCAGGGAACCUGGAAGGGGAAGGGCUGGGCAGUUGGCUGGGCAAGGGAGAGGACACCAGAGGGGCUAGGCUAGGGGGGCUGGAUGGCACUGGCCCUGCCACCUCCCCUCGCUCCCCCUCUGGGCACCGACCCCGAGGAUACACCAUCUCUGACUCAGCCCCAUCCAGGAGGGGCAAGAGGAUUGAGAGAGAUGCCUUCAAGAGCAGAACUGCAGCUUCCAAUGCUGAGAAAGUACCUGGAAUAAACCCCAGCUUCGUGUUUCUGCAGUUGUACCACUCCCCAUUCUUUGGUGAUGAGAACAACAAACCCCUUUUGUUGCCAAAUGAGACAUUCGAGAGGUCAGUGCAGCUCCUGGACCAGAUCCCCUCCUACGACACACACAAGAUUGCUGUGCUCUACGUGGGGGAGGGCCAGAGCAACAACGAGAUCGCCAUCCUGUCCAACGAGCACGGCUCCUACCGCUACACCGAGUUCCUGACCGGCCUGGGCAAGCUCAUUGAGCUCAAGGACUGCCAGCCAGAUAAGAUCUACCUCGGUGGCCUGGAUGUGUGUGGGGAGGAUGGGCAGUUCACCUACUGCUGGCAUGAUGACAUCAUGCAAGCCAUUUUCCACAUUGCCACCCUGAUGCCUACGAAGGAUCUGGACAAAUAUCGCUGUGACAAGAAGAGACACCUUGGCAAUGACUUUGUUUCUAUCAUUUACAACGAUUCUGGAGAAGACUUUAAACUGGGCACCAUAAAGGGGCAGUUCAACUUUGUGCAUGUCAUCAUCACUCCACUCGACUAUGACUGCAACCUGGUGACGCUGCAAUGUCGCAAAGACAUGGAGGGCCUUGUGGACACCAGUGUUGCCAAGAUCAUCUCUGACAAGAACCUGCCCUUUGUAGCCCGUCAGAUGGCCCUGCAUGCCAACAUGGCUUCCCAGGUGCACCACAGCCGCUCAAACCCCACUGACACCUACCCCUCCAAAUGGAUCGCUAGGCUGCGGCACAUCAAGAGGCUGAGGCACAGGCUUCGUGAAGAAACCCAGUACCAGACUCCUGGCCUUCCCCUGCAGAUGCAUCCCUCUGCUCCCAGCAAGGCCCCUGCCCAGCUCCCUCAGGACCCUCCUGCCACCUAUGAGACCGGGCAGCGGAAGAGGCUGAUCUCCUCAGUGGACGACUUCACCGAGUUCGUGUAGCCCCCAGAAGCUCAGGGGGGGCUUGUGCUGGGCCUCCCUGAGGCUGCAGGGAGGUGGGGGAGCAGGGUCUGCAGGUGCUUGGCAUGGAACUAUAGCUGGAGGCUCCAGUGUUGCACUCACUCCAACUGCCUGAUGAAGAAGCCCAGCAGCUCCACCUGUUCUGUUUGUAUUUGGGUUCAGCUCUUUCAAGGCUUCCAUCUCCAGUGGGUGCAGAACCUUUCUUUGGACUCCUUCCACACCAGCACCUGCUGGAAGCAGAAUCUUAUCUUCUGAAGCUCAUCAUGGAGUUGGAUGGUCCAGGAAUUGUGGGAAUCUGGAUGGUUUUAUUGAGAAUGAACCACGAAGGGCUGAAAAUCCAGCUGCCCUUUCUAAGCACCCUGGGAUUCCAGCACCUCUCAGCACCUGAACUCUGCAGGGUCUCAGAUGGGUUCUGCUGCCAGCUGUGGUGGGAGUUCAGCUGGGUGCUGCUUCACCUUCCC